AUGGGCCUGAGCAGCCAUCGGCUAGCCAUGGCGCUGGCCCUGACAGUGCUAAUUAGCUUCUGGCCGACUGGCAGUCAUGGGGCAGCAGCCGUUGACUGUGCCGAUUGGCUCAGUCCCAGUGAAUGCAGCAAUAGCACCGGUAACAACAAUAACAACAACAAAAUUGGCAACAAUAGCAGCAACUAUGCGGCUGGCAGCACCGCGUUGGACCAUUUAAAUAGUUCGAUGCGGCCAGACAAUCUGCUGGAAAUGGAUUUGGAACAGGACGGAGACAAUUGGCCAUUGGAGCGUAUUGUGUCCAUCAUUGUGCCGGUAUUUUUUGGCAUUAUUGGCUUCGCCGGACUCCUGGGUAAUGCGCUCGUCAUAUUGGUGGUGGUCGUUAACCAACAAAUGCGCUCAACCACAAACCUAUUGAUUAUAAACCUGGCCGUCUCGGACAUACUCUUCGUCAUCUUCUGCGUGCCGUUCACGGCCACCGACUAUGUGCUGCCGGAGUGGCCAUUUGGCAAUUUGUGGUGCAAAUUCGUGCAGUAUAUGAUUGUGGUAACAUGCCACUGCAGUGUCUACACCCUCGUCCUGAUGUCCUUCGAUCGCUUCCUGGCCGUCGUGCAUCCCGUCACAAGCAUGUCCCUCCGCACCGAACGUAACGCCACUCUCGCUAUUAUGUGCGCCUGGAUAACAAUUGUGACGACUGCUAUACCCGUAGCCCUGGCCCACUCGGUACGGAUCUAUCAGUAUCAUGGACGUGCGGGCACCGCCUGCGUUUUCUCCACCGAGGAGGAGGUCUGGAGCCUGGUUGGCUUUCAGGUUUCAUUCUUCCUGUCAUCGUAUGUGGCCCCAUUGACACUGAUUUGCUUUCUAUAUAUGGGCAUGCUGGCACGAUUGUGGAAAAGUGCGCCCGGCUGCAAGCCAUCGGCCGAGUCUCGCAAAGGCAAGCGACGCGUUACACGUAUGGUUGUUGUUGUGGUUUUGGCCUUUGCCAUCUGUUGGCUGCCCAUACACGUUAUACUGGUGCUGAAGGCGCUCAACAUGUACGGAGGCACACAUCUAACUGUCAUCAUACAAAUAAUAUCCCAUGUGCUGGCCUAUACGAACUCUUGCAUCAAUCCCAUACUCUACGCCUUUUUGUCCGACAACUUUCGCAAGGCGUUCCGCAAGGUUGUCUGGUGCGGCAGCCCACCGCCAAUUGUGACCAACCAGCAGAUGACAAAGACCACAAGAACUGCGACCGGCAACGGCACGUCCAACAUAGAAAUGCUGUAAGCUGUGUCUGCAUUUGGUAUUUCUGGAAAAUAUAUAGUGUAUUUGUGCGCAUUGCGGCCACAGAAUUCCAUUAGACACUUUUUAACUAAAAUUAUUGCAGUUAUUACAAACAUUGUAACUUCAUAUGAAUGCAUACCCAUUAUAUUAUUUCACACACUAUUUUUUUUCGGCGUUGCCUAACUAGAUAGUUAAGCGUGUUUUUUUUUUCUCGAAUAAAUAGUUGUUUAAUCCGCGACCCGAAAAAUCUGUUGGGCGAAUACGGGCAUGGCGUCAGUUUGUUAAAUAUUUGUUCACACGUAUUUUUCUUAACAAAUAUUUACAUGAAAAUAAUAGGUAUAAUACAGCUUCUGAAUGAACAG